GUACUUGCAUCACGCUGUUUGCCUUCAAUCAAUCUCUUCGAACGUUAAUCUGUUAGUACAGCAGCGGCAGCGCACGGCAUCGAAAGCCUGCACUAUAUAUAGAGUUUGCGUUUCCUACACUUUAGUCAUAAUAAGUCGGUCGGGCCUCCGUUGUCAGCAACAAGAAAAGUGUAAACGGUUAAACAGUUAAAAUGGCCAAUAAACUCGUUCUCAUCAGUCUGUUGUGUGUUGUUCUAGUAGCUAAGAUUACCCAGGCUGCCCCGCAAUAUGUGCCGGGAGAGGAACCUUCAUAUGACGAAGAUACGGACGAUUCUUCUAAGCUCCUCGAAAACGAUACUUCCAUAACUGACGAGGAUUAUGCUGCAAUUGAAGCAAGUCUCUCCGAAACAUUCAACACCGCUGCUGAUCCGGGAAGGCGAUUGGGAGAGGGAAAGAAACCAUAAAUGCAGUAUAACUAUGACCAUCACUCGAAGUAAUAACGAUGGAUAUAAUUUGAAUAGAUUCCAAGAAUAAAUAAAAGUUUGAUUCAUUUGAAAUAUCCUUAA